ACUUCGAUUGAUUGGCGUUCAUCGGGAGCUUGGUGGUGCGCGCACAGGCUACAGUGACAGUGAGUUUUAUGAAUGAGAGUGGAUCUGACAACAGCACAUGCUUCAUAAGAGAGAGGCUCCUGUGGGGGCGUGCUGAAACUCUAGAGGCUCCCAGGGAAUCUGAUGCAAAAUGUUUCACAUGUUUGAGGACGGGGGCUGUGGAUGAUGUUUGUGGUUGGAGUGCAAUGGAUUUGGUAAAAGUGCGCGCACACACACGCACAAUCCAGCUGUAUCUUCUCUCUCCUGUGCGUUCGUUUCUGUCUCUGCAUUAUUGAUUCCCAGAGGCUGCUGCUGCUGCUGCUUUCAGCCAAUAGGCUCCUGCAUGAGACAGUUUUUUUUUGUGGUCAAAGGGAUGGGAGCAGAUGAAGUGAUGAGAUUCGUGUAACUUUUGGAUGACCCCUUCUUGACAAAGACAGUGUCCAUCAAUUGUCCUCAGUCAUUAUGCGCUGCUUUUAUGCCAAGGGGCUUUUUGUGUCUUUUGUUGGUUUCUCUGUUCAACACAGCGCCUUCAAGUUAGACUUUAGAAACUGAUAUGUUUGUAUCUACACGGAAAAAAACAACCUCGUGCAACAAUAUAAGUUUAUUUAGGAAUUUUAUAAAUUCUAAACACAUAUUGAGAUGUAUUUAAACCAUGCGUGUUUUUUCUAUUCAUUUUUCGGCUUCAUUUUCAUUUUUUCUCACGUGACUCUGUUUAAAAGCUUUAUUAUGAUUGUUUUAUUCCCACAGGGGUUUGAUUUAGACGCAUCUUAAGUUGUAUCAAAUUGCUCUUAGUUGUAUGUUUACUCGCGUGUGGACCAGCAUCACCUCCAUUGGCCGAUCUGGUCACAUGGUUCGCUAACUUUAUUCAGUUGACACCAAGUAGGAGGGCUUUAUGGAGGGAAGGGGAAAAAAAGACAACUCGAGAAAAAUUAGUAUUUUCUACCUUCAGAAAUUAAUGGCCAUGAGUUCGUAUAUGGUGAACUCUAAGUAUGUGGACCCGAAAUUUCCUCCCUGCGAGGAAUAUUCACAGAAUAACUAUAUACCUGAGCAGGGCUCGGACUACUUCAGUCCAUCGCAGGACACAGACUUUCAGCAUCCAGGGAUCUACCCACGGCCAAACUACACGGAGCAGCCCUUCAGCUGCACCACUGUGCAGGACUCCACGGUGCAGCCACGGGGUCAUGUGCAGGAGAGAUCCGGCCACGCGAGCCCCUUUGACGCACAGACUGAGCAGGGGGCCCCGGUGCCAGUGGCCGGACCCCGGACUUGUGGACAGCAGCAAAACACAAAGAGUCAAAAUGGGAUACAAGCCAAGCAGCCUGCAGUAGUUUACCCCUGGAUGAAGAAAGUCCACGUAACUACUGUGAACCCAGAUUACACGGGACCUGAGCCCAAACGGUCCAGAACAGCCUACACCCGGCAGCAGGUCCUGGAGCUGGAGAAGGAGUUUCAUUUUAACAGGUACCUGACCAGGCGGCGGCGAAUCGAGAUUGCGCACACGCUUUGUCUCUCCGAGAGGCAGAUCAAGAUCUGGUUCCAGAACAGACGGAUGAAAUGGAAGAAAGAUCACAAGCUGCCCAACACCAAGGGCAGAUCCGCACCAGCCUCCAGCCAUCUGCAGAGCAUUCAGAAGGAUAACCAGACUGAUAUCACAGCAUUAUAAGGAAGGAUGGAUGGAAAAGAAGGAAGGAGAGAGGUGCCAUGUCUUAUUAGAAGUUAACUGUACAUAAAAAAGACAAAGGUUGCAUCUGACUUUUUUUGCAUGGACUGAUGUCGUUCUUUACCUUUAUUAUUUUUUAAUUUAACAAAAAUGACCCCAGCAGUGUUGACUCAAGACUGAGUCAGAAAAUCAAUCAGUCCUUGUAACUGAGAGAUUUUUAGUUUUGCAAGUUCCUUCUUUUAAUUUCCUCAAAGAGACACAAAUGCAUCGAAACUUUAAUUUUUUCUUUACUUUUCUUUUUUCUUUUUGGGACGUUUCACCUCUGAAGACAUUUAAUGAUCAUCCUUCGGCAGAUUUCGUGGAUUUAAACCAAGUGUCUCUGCCCCUCUUAUAACAUGGAUCCACAGACGUCUUUAUGCAGAACAGGGAAGCCCUUCGUUCCAAUUACGCACAAAGGUUAUUUCAGUUUUAUUUUUCCUCCUGGUGAAACUUCAUAUUAAACGCACAAUAAUAAAUAAACACAUGCAUAUAUCGGCCUAUAUAUAUAUAUAUAUAUAAAAUAUAUAUACUUGAAGCAUUUAUUUGCAUAGAGGCACGCCAAACACAAUUUCGUAAAUCGCAGAAUUCCCGCUGGAUAUUUCAGUUCCACGUUUUUCUUUGUGACUUGUAUGUUUUUAACUUAUUUUGUACAAUAAAGCUUUGAGAAAAAUAAAAAUUUCUAAAAUAGCCUAAAAGCAAGACAUUCCUGUUUGCAAACUAUUCUGAGUGCCCUUAUAAAUCUCUCCUGACAUCUUUGUAAACAGUGUACAUUUUCAGAGGCUCUCUCGUGCCAUCUGAAACCCUACAUGAAAGAUCAUUUGUUUCCUGCAUGGCAUCGACUUACUUCGAUAUUGGAUGUUUUUUUUCUCUCUCAAUCGGAAAUUAUCAAAUCCAGGAUAUUUAGGAUUAUUAUAAUAGUUUAUUUUUCUCCUUUGAAAUGAAUUUCCACGUCAUUAUUUAUUUGUUUAAAGAACGUGUACAUUUUUUCGUGUAAUAGCACACAUGUAUUUUUUAAUUAAAAAGUAUUCGUUAAACUUUAAUUAAUCUAGGAAAAUAUGUUUCUCGUGCGUCAUUGGCAUGGCUUUACGCAAAAGUUUUUCGGUCUCAGUUAAAGUGGGGGCUGGUUUUUUUUUUCUUUUUGAGGUUUCCAUUCACACCAGGACAACCGAGGGGGUUUUCACGUCACGUUUCAAGACAGAUAUUUCUUGUUUUCCACCGUUAUUGUCUUCGGACACGCACACAAAAAAAGCCCAGAAGCUCUCCCAGUAUCCGAGGAGGUCUUCCCUCUGAAGUCUUCGCGAUGAGGGAGUUGAAAAGGUAUUUCAAGCGAAGGUCGACAAAGCAGUAGAGGCAGGUUCAUCCAGGGGACACGUUUCAGCCGCAAGGACUGACCCCAGCACCCCUGACCCGCCGGACAGGCAGCAUUUUCGCUCCCAGGCGCUUCUUAGCCCCCCUCAGAACUGGAGCUUCUUCUCCUCGACACUUACAAAAAAGCUCCAAGAAUGCACAGUAAGAGUCAGUGCGUGAAAUCCAGUCUUUUACACUUUUUACAAUAGUAUUUAUAUCAGACCAAAAGCUUCUGAUUUGCGCAUCUGUCUCCUCGUGUCAAGAUAUCGCCUACAGUCUUUUUUGGUUUUAUUUUUGUACAUGCUUUCUACCUUGUAUUGUGCAUUGAGAUGUGAGAAGUAUAUUGGAAAGAAAAUAAAGAUUUCUACUGAUUAUGCAUUUAAA